UGUGGACAAUGGAAUUACAGAAUUGGUCAGGAAACACUACUGGAAGAGAAUUUAGUUGAUGAUGAUGUUGACAUUGAAUUGGCACCUAUUGCUGUUCAAAUUGCAUAUGUACAACAGAUUCUAGGGAACACCCAAGAGGCAGUUGCAUCUUAUACUGAUCUUGUCAAAAGAAAUUUGACCGACGAGUCUUCACUUGCGGUGGCAGUAAAUAAUCUCAUUGCUUUAAAGGGUCCUAAAGAUGUCUCUGAUGGCCUAAGGAAACUUGAUAAGCUAAUAGAGAAAAGUGAUGGACCAGAGAAGUUCCAGCUUGCCAUGGACUUGAAGCUCUCACAGAAGCAAAGGGAAGCAAUAUAUACGAAUAGGGUGCCGUUGCUACUUCAUUCUAAUAAGAUGGAUCAGGUAUAUUAUCUGCUAGAGAACUUGUUGGCGAAAAUACCUGACAUUCAACACAAGCCUGCAACUGUUGCCACUAUUGUCUCUCCCAAGGAACGGGCUGGAGAUACUGAUGGUGCCGAUGCUGUGUUUGAUUCCGCAAUCAAGUGGUGGUCAAAUGUCAUGACUGAAGACAAUAAGCUCAAUACCAUCAUGCAGGAGGCUGCUAAUUACAAGCUCAGACUGCAGCCCAUUUACAUUGAGAAAGCAGAAGCUUAUGAGAAGCAGUUAAAACCACUACCUGGUUUGAAAGCAGUAGACGUUGACAGUUUAGAGAAAACUUCUGGUGCCAAGCAAGCCGAGAAAGGUCCAAAUGCUGGAGCCACUGAAACACACGAAGCGAAGAAGAGGUGGCUUCCCAAGAGGGAGAGGUCUAGUUACAGACCAAAGAGAAAGGAUAAGAGAGCAGCUCAAAUUAGGGGUUCUCAAGGUGCAGUGGCUAAAGAGGCAUCGAGCAGUAGUGAUACGAAGUCAAACCAGCCAGCUAAUCCAAAAGGGGCCUCUCAGAAUGCAGUGCAAUCAAAGGUUUCAUCCAAAUCUUCCAGGAAGAAAUCGAGAAAGUAA